AUGACGACUGGAUCUACAGACCUGCAACAUGUUGAUGCUCACCUCAAGAGAUUACUCGAAUCGCGUCAGUUUCCGAAGACUAUCUGUCCUUCAGAAGUCGCUAGAGCGCUCUCCCAGAAAGAACUUGCAGAUAAUGGUGUCGACUCAUGGCGUGAACUCAUGUCUGCCAUCCGAGAGUAUGUCUUCCUUCUGAGAGACAAGGGUGAAGUCGAGAUUGUGCAAAGAGGAAUCGUUUUACCCGCUAGCCAGACGUUGCAUGACACGAGAGGUCCAAUACGAGUCAGAUCUGCCACCGUUACAGGUACGUAG